AUGUUCUCCAAAACGUUCCUGAUCGCAGCCACUGCCACCCUCCUUCUCCCCGCCACCCUCGCAUUGCCGCCGCAGCAGCCGCCUUCCACAAACCUGUCUACCCACCAGACGUCUCCUAUACGCGGCUCGAUAUCGAUUUCUCUCUCGCAACGAGACACCUGCGGGUCGUGCCACACCUGCGGCAAUGGGCAGAAGAUCUGCGGGCUCUGCAAUUCCGGCGCCUGCUCCGUCUGCCUGGAUGGGAAGGAUUGUGUCACUCAUGAAUCGCUUGACGGGGUGAGCAGGUGUUGUCCUGAUGAUAGUGGGUGUGCGACGGGCAUUCGCUGA